AUGUCUUCAAUUCAAUUAAAUGAAAAAGAUUUCGAAAGAGAUCAAAAAUUCACCAAAGCUAUGCACGGUGAUUCCUACAAGAAAUCCGGUUUUGCUGCCUUGAUGGCCAAAUCCAAAGAUGCCGCUAAUGUCUCUGCUGAAAGUUAUUUCAAACAUUGGGAUGGUGGUGUUUCUGAAGAAGAUGAAAAAAAGAGAUUGGGUGACUACUCUCAAUUAACCCACCAUUACUAUAACUUGGUUACUGAUUUCUAUGAAUAUGGUUGGGGAUCAUCUUUCCAUUUCUCAAGAUACUACAAAGGUGAAGCUUUCAGACAAGCCACUGCUAGACACGAACAUUUCUUGGCUCUUAAGAUGAACAUUAACGAAAACAUGAAAGUUUUGGAUGUUGGUUGUGGUGUUGGUGGUCCAGGUAGAGAAAUCACCAGAUUCACCGAUUGUCAAAUUGUUGGUUUGAACAACAACGAUUACCAAAUUGAAAGAGCUAACCAUUAUGCUAAGAAAUACAAGUUGGACCACAAAUUGUCCUAUGUUAAAGGUGAUUUCAUGCAAAUGGAUUUCGAACCAGAAUCUUUUGAUGCUGUUUAUGCCAUUGAAGCCACUGUCCAUGCUCCAGUCUUGGAAGGUGUCUACUCUGAAAUUUACAAAGUUUUGAAACCAGGUGGUGUCUUUGGUGUUUACGAAUGGGUUAUGACUGACAAAUAUGAUGAAACCAACGAAGAACACCGUAAAAUUGCUUAUGGUAUCGAAGUUGGUGAUGGUAUUCCAAAAAUGUACCCAAGAAAAGUAGCUGAAGAAGCUUUGAAAAAUGUUGGUUUUGAAAUUGAAUAUGAAAAGGAUUUAGCUGAUGUUGACGAUGAAAUCCCAUGGUACUACCCAUUGAGUGGUAACAUUAAAUACUGUCAAACUUUGAACGACUACUUCACCGUUUUCAGAACUUCCAGAAUCGGUAGAUUCAUCACUACUGAAUCUGUUGGUUUAAUGGAAAGAUUUGGUUUGGCUCCAAAAGGUUCUAAACAAGUUACCCAUGCUUUAGAAGAUGCUGCUGUCAACUUAGUUGCUGGUGGUGAACAAAAAUUAUUCACUCCAAUGAUGUUAUUCAUUGCCAGAAAACCAUUAGAUGCUAAGGAAUAA